CCACAUCUAUGGACGGCUUUGACAUGGCCGCCUUGUUCCUGAAGAUGCUCUACGAGUACUGUCCCCCUUUUUAUAUCAGCCUCGUGUUCCUGUGCUUUAUCGUCACCGCUGCUGUGGUUCUGCUCUGGUUUCGUAUUGAUGUUCCAGUCAUCUUGCGAAGUUCAGAUGAUGCGGACCUUCUGGCGAACAUCCCCGAGAAGAGGAUGGUCCAGGUGAUAAACCCCUUUGCUUUGGAGCUGGGCUCUGCAGGUGGCUCCUUAACAGAGGGAGUGGCCCUACGACCCCGGUGCUUGGAGGACUGCGUCCUUAGCGUUUACUGGGGCUGCAGUAUCCACGGCCUGCAGAGUGCCCUCCAGGCUCACCAGCAUGGACCACCGCUGAGCACACCACAGCGCUUCCAGACGGCCUUGCACUUUCAGUAUCAGCACCUCCAGACCUUCCAUGUCUGCCGGGAGGACACAGAGGAGCGGUUCACACAGAUGCCAGCUGAGCUGGGUGUCUGGGACUUCGGACCACAGCCACGCACUUGUUACCCCCUCGUGGCUCUGCUCACUCUGGCACAGCCAGAGGUUCGGAAUGAGUACAAUGUUGUCUCUAGCGUGACUGUGAUCCAUGUGCCUGAUAACAGUUACAGGCUGUCAACACGGGUUCUGUUUCAGUACCUUCUCACAUCUCAGGGAAGCAUGUAUGAGCUGAAGCCAUUGUUCAUGUCCACGGAAGAUGGAGGACAGUCUGAACCCCUGGACCUUGGCAUAAACACAGAAGAGGAGGAGGAGGAGGAGAAGGAGGAGAAGGAGGAGGAGAAGGAGAAGGAGGAGGAGGAGGAGGAGGAGGGACGGGAGCACAGGGCUUCCCCAGGAACAGCCCGGGACUGUGUGGUUUGCCAGAAUGCCCCAGUGAACCGUGUUUUACUACCCUGCAGGCACACAUGCCUGUGUGAUAGCUGCUUGGGCAGGGUCCAGCACUGCCCCAUGUGUCGCGCUUUCGUCCUUGAGUCCUUCGCUCUCACCCAGGUCCAUCCUGCAACAGAGGCAGAGUGGGGAGACUGAGGGAAUGCAGCUCUCAUAAACUCAUAGUGACAUUUCUUACAUGGCAAGAAGAGAGAGCACAGCUUCUAGGGUGCAGUGUCAUAGUGUUUCGUAAUUCCACAGGCAGCAGAACCUCCCGUUCUCUCAGAAACAGAGACCAUCCUGCUGCAGAAGGACAACACUUCAGUAUUAAUUGAAGGCAGAGUAAUAAUUUAAUGAAAUAUAAGGUUUGCUGCACUGGAAGAAUAUAUUCUUCAUCUGUUUUGAAUGAGAGAUUUUACACAUCUGUGUUCUGCAAGGUCAGUCUUUCAUACACAGUUCCCUUUGUCACUGUAGAGAGGAGGCGCCUGGGAAAUUGUGAUUAUUUGAUUCACAGGAAGGUCAUGUUGUAAUGAUUUAGAUGUGGAACCAUGUUAAAAGCUAUUUAUGCAAAAUAUGUACAAUACAUAAAAUUAGUGUUUAUAUGUUGAAUCUG